AUGCUCCGGCGCGUCCUCACCAUCCACCCUCCUGUCCCCAAACUCCAAAUGACAACAGCACGACCAAAAGCCGAAUCCCCAAAACCCCUGUUCAGCGGCAACAUCCCAGCCCUUCAAACCUACACAGAAGACAUCUCAACACCAACAGUCCACAGCCGCAUCCUGCCUGCCAUAAAACACGACCACUGCGAACUCGAAUCCCACAGUCACAAAAUCCUCUCCUCAACAAACCCAGACCAACAAACUCGCUUCCAAAAUCAGUUCGUCUGGGAACUAGCUCGUCAUCUAAUCGGAGAGGAACUAGUCGUUUACCCUGCUAUGAUCACUUCACUCCCGGAUGGACAGGGGUUGAAGACCUUCCAGGAGUUAUCAUCUACGGAUCCGAGGUUCCUACCCACGCUUAAAGGGCUGAUGCGUGAUCUGGGGAUUCAUGCUAGACAUGAGGAAGACGUGGAUUUGCCUAGACUUGAAGAGCUCUUGUCUAAAGAUGAGAGUGUUGAGUUGACCAAGUCCCUGGAUCGAGUUAAGAUCUUUAUUCCGUCGAGAGCGCAUCCACUUGCGCCCACUGAGCCGUUCUUUGAAACUGCUGUUGGGCUUUUGACGGCGCCGAUUGAUAUGUUGGCGGAUUUGUUUCGGAAGUGGCCUGAUGGGAGGGAUAAGGAGAAGAAGUAG